UGUUCGUUUAUUCUCGUUCGUAUUCACGCGUUUCUAAAAGUCGUUGUUUCUUUCAUCGUGGUUCCGCGAAAAGUCUUAAAAAACCAUAUUUUCUUUUAAUCUUCUCGGUUUAAAAUUAUUCCUAAAUCUUGAGAACAAUAUUAGGAAUAGAUGUAGUUAAAGUAAAUUAAUUAUUGAAGUGACUACGGUAGAAAACUAUAAUUAAAAGUUCGAAUGUCUGGCUGAUAAAUAUGCAAAAGUGGUAAAAAUUGAUGGGGACGGUGACAGCGAAAACAUCGAAUYAAAAACGGCUGAAGGAAGUUUCAAUUGGAAUGUGCUUGUGAAAAAGAGUGCAAUAGAUUUAAGCUUACAUUUUGCGUUAAAGAGCAAGUAGGAAAAUCGCUUACUGCUUGUUGAAGGAAAUCUAAAGUAACGUGCCGCAAGAGCAGCGCUGCCCUCGGUAGCGACAGAGGCCUUACUUAUUUUAAGUUACUACUAUGAAGAACUCUAAUAAGGAAAAUUUUAUUCGAGAAUUACAUACUGUAGUUUGUUCAAAAAAUAUAUAAAAAGUGAAGGGCAUAAUUUACAGAUUUAGAUUUACCAAAAUCUAUUAUAAAACAUAAAAAUUGUUGUCACUGAGACAUAUGUGUGAUUAUAUGAAACAAAUUGAGUAAAUGCAUAAAUAAAUGUAUUGGAAUUGCGACUUCUGUGAGCGUAAUUUUUAAUAAAAUAUAGAGGUCCCCUGCUGUCGACAUUGUCCUAGCUAUGUCAGCAGAGUACGAAAGUAGUCAAAGCGCGGCGCAAAGUAAAGGUAUAAUGCAGAAAGUAAAGAAAAAUGACAGCAGCAAUAAUGACGAUGACACCUUAGAGGAUCUGGCGGGCUCWGCGAACAACUCGAUUAUUGGGAAAGUAAAAUCGCGAGUAUCUAGCAUAAUCCCUAGUAGUUUUUCAAAAUGGUUUUCACCAUCAGCACGAAAUAAUGAUUCAUUAAAUGGAAGCCUCAAUAUAGGCUCGGCACGGCGCCGUCGGCGUUUAGAAAUUGAGGACGAUGAAGAAUAUGACGAUGAUGAUGAUAGAGACACAAAUGCAAAUGAAAGUCUUUCACGCAGAGAAUAUAAAGAAAACCUAGGCCGCAGCGAUAAAAUCAACAAAGAUUCAGAUGAAGAUGAUACUGACAACAAUAGCGAAGAAGAUUUCCCAAAGGCAAGAACUCUUCGGACUGCAAAAUCAGAAUUUGUUAACGAACCGCCUAGUAAACGAUCCCGGAUUAGUUUUGAUAUUUCAAGUGUUCAUCAGUCGCCGUUAAUCGCAUCUACUCCUGYGGUCGGCAAUAAUUAUAGAAGUAUCAUCAGCCAUUCUAUUGAUAAUGUGUUGUCCAAACCGACACCAUCAUACAUUACAAGUAAUUUCACCGAGGGAAACGUAAAUAACAACGUAAACACACAAAAAACGACAUCGUUCACAUUUAGUACAACAUAUGCACCCGAAGUUAAACCGCAAGAUGCUCUUAUGAAAAGAAUGAAUAUUAAUGAAAAACAAUUUGAUAACGUUACUGGAAUUAGCUCAAGAAGAACGUUGCAUCUACCCUCGACUUCGCUGGCAGCUAAAGAACGGGAUAUGUCAAUGGAGUUUUCAAAUUUAAAACGCCAAUCCCUUGGAGGUGUAUUGGAUCCUAAGAAACUGGUAUCAGAUCCAGCGGACACUUCAACAACUAUAAGUGAAGUUGAAGCAUUCAAUCGAGACAACCAACCAUUAACGUUGUCGGAUAGGAAAGAGGGUCGUAAUAUAAAUGGGAAUACAUCGACAGUGGUAAGCAGUAAGAAGCAAAAGUUAAACGGUAUAGAGAUACCUGAGGAGAGCAAUGCAGAUGCCGAAUCAUCUUCCGAAAGUGGUGACGACUGUAUCGGCAGUAAUUCUGAGUUGCCCCAUAUUACAAAUUUAGGGCAACGUAAAACAGGUUUAUUUAAUAUGUCCAACAUAAAUAGCCAAAACGGAAAUAAAAGCCGAACUUCUUCGUUUGGAAAUGGCAUCAAUUUUUAUUCUCAUUUAGAAGGCCGCAAAUCGCUUUUUUCUGGCGGAAUAAACACUGCCGAAUCUGCUAAUGUUAUAAACAAUUCUACUUUAUCUCUGACAUCUCUAAAUAGACGCCAAUUUAAUGCUUCUAUAUAUGGCAGUACGGCAGCUUUAAGCGAUAGUAGAUUGCUAAAUACAUUCUCACCUUUCUACAAAGGAAAAACCACAUAUGGAGGCGCAGCAGCCUACAAGAAAUAUAAUUCUAGUGCUGGGUCGAACAGAAUUUGUAAUAUCACCCCAACUGUAAUACGCCCCACUUCGAGUUUAUCGACACUAUCCUCUUCGAAUAAUUCGCUUAUUGCCAAUACUGGCGGGUCAAAUGCAUUAAGUGGUCUGAGCAACAAUGCUUUAGAAAGCACUUCGGCCAUUUCCAGUACAGCCAAACGGAUAUUAGACUUGAUAAAUGACUUUGCCACACCCUUAAGUGAAGCUAAGAAGAUGGCCAAUACAAGCGUCAAAGCAAAUCUACAAAUUCUUCCACAAGCUAAAACGCGUUUAAAUGAAACUGAUCUACAAGUGUCGCGGGCAAUGCGUCUUUCACAAGUGCGCACACCUUACUCGCGGCCGGCUGUCACCUUGCAGCCAACAAUUAAGAACGCAACUAUACCCCCACCUGUGAAGGAAUUGCAAGUACCGUCGAUAUCACAAUUAUUGCAAAUGAAAAAGAUGCAAAGCACCACUGAACGCUCACGACAAAUCACAAUGCAAAGCAGUGAUGCCACGUGUGCAAUUGUCAGGAGCGGUGAAUAUAAACCACCUAUAGCAAACGAAAACAACUUGAUCGAUAAGGCGAGGCCACAAGUUCAACAACAACAUACAAAUAAAAUAAAAAGCAAAGUUCGCUCAUCUGGUCGUGUUACUGCAUCAAAGAAUGCUGCAAAUUUUGAAGCAGACGAACCUCCACCUCCAGUCAAUUUGCCCAAUAUAGCGUUUCCGCUUAUGCAGUCGGUACCAAAGUUUGACAUAGCUCUACCAAAAUCUCAAACAGCAAUGCCUCUCGAUAGCAUUCAACCCGUCUUAAAAAAUCACGAUACCUUGCCCAAAUCGCAAAUGUCAAUCGAAAAUAAUACGGCCGACGCCAGCAGAAACAGUGAUACAGCUCUAUUCAAAUUUAGCGCAGCCAGUAACAAAAUUGACCCUKCAAAACGAACCAAUCACGUAACGAUGGCCAAAUCAGUUGUAAAGGAUGGCAAUUCAUCCACUACAGGAAUUAAAAUGAAUUUCAAAUUUUCAGCACCACUAACUUUCGAAUGUUUUACUUCGAAUAUUUCGUCAAAACAUAAUUCGGAUACAGUUAUUAAAAAGUACACAUUUAGUCCGCCAAGCAAUGUAAACUUUGAAGACAACGAGCAAGCGAAACUAGAAAGUGGUAAAACGGUAGCAUCCCAACUGAAAAGCGGUAGUGUGCUUGAUGCCCUGAAAAAACCCUUUGUUUUGCCGUCAACCACAAAAGAAAUAUCGAGCUCAAGCUCUGAUGGCAACGAGUCCACAAGUGGUUUUGGCGAUCAGUUCAAAAAAGCUUCAAACAAUAAGUGGGAAUGCAACACUUGUUUGAUUCGUAAUGAGAGUUAUGUAGAUAAAUGCGUAGCUUGUGAAACUAUACGCACAAAAGGAUCAACGUUUACAUCAACGCUAAAUUCCAAUUCCAAAGCAUCUCUAAUUGAUAGCUCUUUAACUUUGAGUGCUCAAUUCAAAAAACCUUUGGAUGAGUGGGAGUGCGACGUUUGUAUGUUACGGAAUAAAAAACAAUUCGAUAAAUGUGUCGCAUGUGAGACUGUGCGUAAAGGAGUGACAGAGUCCACCAGCUUAAGCACAAGUAAGUGGCAGUCUAAUUCAUUUGGUGAAGCAUUUAAACCGAAAGCCAACUCAUGGGAAUGCACAACUUGCCUUAUAAACAACAAAUCCGAUUGCAAUGAAUGUAUUGCUUGUCAGACAAAGAAACCAGGCAGUGGAAUCGAGGAUAACACUAAAACUAACUCUACAACAAUCACUAAAAACACAACAUAUACAUUUGGUUUCAGUAAUGUUGACUGCAAGUCUUCCGGUCAAUCAACUGCUCAACCGGAUUCUGGUUUCAAAUCACUUGCGGCAUCCCAAAUGUCAGCUAAGUGGGAAUGUGAUGCUUGCAUGACGCGAAAUGAUGCCGCUCGCAAUAAAUGCGUUUGUUGUGAACAAGCAAAACCUGGAAUAGCAACGUCAGAUUUUCCAGACAAUGGUCCUAAGUUUAYAUUCGGCUCAGCCGCAUCGUCAAAAUUCACUUUCGGCUUUGGGUCCAGUGUGAAUGGAACAACGACUUCAGAUUCCGAUACAGUAUUGACAUCCGUAGCCGGAUCAAAUCAAAAGACUGAAGAAGGCAAUAUAAAAAAUUCAGCAUUGGAAAACGCACAGGCUACAAGCCAGGCACCACCUUUAGGCAGUGGCUUCAUAUUUGGCAUAAAACCUACUACUGACUCAAGCGAAAAAGAUGUUUCCAGCAAAAACGCCGAAAACAAAAAUGUCGAAGAUAACGGAAACAAUUCUAUGAAGUCAAUAACUGAAUCAAACAUAAGCGGUUUUAAAUUUGGCGGAAGCACCGCUUCAGAAAACAAUAAUCUUAAUACAAAACCCAACUUCCAAUUUGGUGUGCCAGCAACCACUGCUACAGCUACGGUGACAUCAUCACCARCUGUCAAAUUCAGCUUUGCCGCACCAGUAACUUCUGUCAGUGCUAUUGGAAGUGAAUCUAAGAAACAACCUAACUCUAAUACGUCAUUGAGUAGUAAACCUGCGGCUGGAGGCUUUUCUUUUGGUAAUAGCACAACACCAGCAACGUCUCAAUCAAUUAGUGGAUUUUCAUUCGGCACAGGUACAACAACAACCACAACAACAUUUACUUUCGGUGCCUCUACUUCCACAACUCAACCCAGCCAAUCAUCAGUUACAACGACUACAUCAAUGUCGACUGCCACCGUUAAACCAAUGUUUAGUUUUGGCAGUAAUACUACCUCAAUUGCACCAGCAACAAAGCCAACGCCAUCUUUAACAACAUCAACAUCUAUAACAACUACAACGCUUUYGGCCUUUUCAAAACCUACAGAGGGUUUUAGUUUCGGUAGCGGUGUUUCAGGGUCUGCUACAGUCUCACCGGCUACUAAUGCUAUUUUUGGUAGCUUUAGCUCUCCUACCGUUUCUGGGGCUUCAGCUGCUAUCACAUCGGCGCCCACCACAGCGAACUCUACAUUGUCCAAUGUGUCCAAAAAUGUUUUUGGUACGUUCGGUGAAAGCAGCUUACCAGCCAAGACAACUACUACCUCCGCUCCAACAACCACUGCUGCCCCUUCAGCAAAUCCUUUCGGAUCGAUAAACCAAAAUGUUGCGUCAACUAUCAGUAAUGAGUCAACAAAGCCCAUUGCUUCAGCGACAAUGAUUUUCGGAAGUGCUGGGAGUGUCACUUCGAAUAAUAAAACUAAUGCCGGUGCGUCUCAGUCCUCGAAUGCGCCAUUUGUUUUUGGUUCAUCGACAUCAAUUGCCACCACACAAAGUUCAUCGAGCAAUACAACGACAAAUGUAAACAUAGCUGCGCCUGUCGGUUGGCCGAAAGGUGGAUUCGCUUUCGGAGCAUCCUCUAUCAAUUCUGGUACACAGAAUACAAAUGAGCCUUCUAAACCUUUAUUUGGGAGCUUCGCCCCUCCUGCAGCUUCGUCAACGACAGGGACUAGUGGCUCAAUGUUUGGAAACUUAGUUAGUAGCGGCACAGCUGCGGGUGCGAAUGCUACUUUUGGCAGUGUGGCAGCCAAUGGUUCCACAGUGAGUCCCAGCACAAUGUUCGGAGCUAACACUUCCAACGCCACACCGACCACACAUACAACACAAAAUCUUUUUGGCAACGUGUCUACUUCGCCAUCUUCAUUCGGUGCACCUCCAACCUUUGGUAAUAAUGGUAACAACACCCCCAACAGCACUCCAACCUUUGGCGCCGCCAGUACCUCAACGUUCGGAAGCUUCGGCUCUACGGCAUCGAAUGGUGAUGGUGCAUCUGCAGCAAAGAAAUCCGAGCCGGCAUUCAAUUUCGGCGGAAACAGCUCUCAAAUAGGAACAAAUAGUGGCUUUAGUUUUGGUAUGCAAGCAAUCGCUCCAGCAGCUAAACCAGCAUUCAAUUUCACUGCUUCAAGUGCGCCCGCUUUCAACUUCACCGGUUCCUCCAGUGAUGCCAACACCUUCAGCGACAAGCGCUCCCGGUGCUAUGCAGGCUCGACGAAAGAUUCGUCAACCGGCAAGACGACUCCCACCACGGUAGAGCAAUUUACAAACGCAGACGCCAUUAACGGCGUGGACCAACACCAAAACCAACUGACGGGACAAAUACAAUGGUCGAGACAGAGGAACAGCCACGAUAAAGAUAAGAGCAACAAUAAAAUUCCUGCAAUCACGCAGAAAGGCGAGAACAAAGCAACAAAAACUAAAUAUAAUAAUUACACUGUUUCGGGCAACAUAAUUAACACCAGCGAGUGCAACGACAACAACAAAGUCGAAUCAAGCACACCAUCAUUGGUAACUAAUGUAAAAAUGGUUGAUGGCGUCCGAUGUGAUUAUGAUAUUAACAGAAUCAUAAUGCCCCAAAUGAAAGUAAAUAAAUAUAAAUAUAUUCGUCAGAUCGACGUCAAUGGUACACAAAGUUCCUGCAAUGUAGCAUCAAUUACUGGGCAAAAUAAUGCAAUUACAGGGAAUCCAUUAGAAUUGUAUAAAGUCAGCCAUUUUCAUGAAAUACCCGGCCAACAGGUCUCUGGGAAGAGGCUGGUAAAGCGUAGUAUCCGUAUCCAACAAAAAUUUAAUAAGAACAAACAAGAAUACAUUGCACCCAAAGAGUCAUAUGUAAAAAUAGAUUCAUAUCUCAUGCGAAACCAAUAUCGCAAAGUUAAUUUUAAAAGUGUUGGAUCAGUAAGAAGAACAAUCGUGACAACUUCGCCAAGAAUAUCAAGUGAUAACUCGUUGCCCUCAUCCUCGUCGUCGUCACCGAUGCAGCCAGCAGUGGUUAAUCAAUAUCAUCUGAUGCGUUGCUGGCAAGACAAUUCUGAACUAAAACCGACACAAAAUGAGUUAUUAGAGUCCUUGCCAAUGGCAAAUGAGCGACUGAAUACUGGACGAAAGGCUUGUAACUCAUUUAUUAUCACCAAAUCCACUAGAGCCACUGUUGCGACAGAUGUUAACGAUUAGCCUUAAAGCUCUGCUACGACCACCAGCUGUUAGACAGGAAUUUCAGUUAGCAAAAUGCUGGUAAAUGACAGAAUUAGACGUGACAGAUUACAUUAUUAUUGAUUUCUAAAAGUUACUUUAACCAAUUUACUAUUUUAAGAGCUCUAAUACUGUGUAAACAAAAAUUAUCAAGCAGAAAAGAUAUUUAAGAGUUAAUAAUGAGGUUAUAAUAGGUAAAGGAAUAAAUUAGAAAAUAAAGAACAUAACGUCAGAACAAAAUUUCCAACGUGCAGUAAUUCAGGAAAUAUGAAAGUAGUACAUUCGUGCAUACAUCUUAAUAAAGAGAACAUAUUAUACUACCACUAAAACUAGUAUGAAUAUAAAGAAAAUAUUUCCAGAUGCCACGAUGCGUUUAAGGUGAAACUUUCUGUUUCUGGGAAGAAUUGCGAUUUAAACCCACUGCAAGAUUAUAUAUAUAUAUAUUGUUUUAAUAACAUAAUUACCUAUAUCACUAAUUUGGCGAAGUUAAUUGGGGCGAUUAUAUUGAAAAAAAUAUGUAUUUUUAUUCAUAUUUUAUUAAAACUCAGCUAGUGUGUGCUGGCGUUUCUUCGUCGGAAAUUGGCGAAUGGAAGGACAUAUUCUAGUGCAUCUACAUUAAUGAUUAUUAUCUAUUAUAUUUUGUUACUUUUUUAAGAUACAUAAAUAUUCGUUUGUAAUUGAAGAGUGUUAACAAAAUUGUAAAUCUUAGUCUAAUUGAAUUAUCUGAAAUUUGUUUUUGUAACAGGAAAGAAACCAACUUAAAUCUACAGAACACCGUUGAAAUUUCACAACUACAAUAAAAUAAUGUACAUACAUGUAAGAGAA